AUGACCAAAGUAACCUGCUCCGAACGUCGUCGUGAGCUCUCUACGUUGACGCAACGUCUGUCCGCUCGACUUGCAACGACACGUCGCAACAGACGUCCAACACGGCCCAAACAAGUGCGAGUAGCGACCGUACGCCAACUGCUUCGCGACGUGCUGCUCGUCACCUCAGGACGGCGGCCGUCGUGUCUCGUGGACUGCUGUGCCCUGACGAAGGAAUUGGCAGCGGUCGUGCUGCAGUUCCUGCACGACGAGGCCACGGCCUCAAGUCAACGGCGGUGGAUCGAUCCACGGGAGCUGCGUGCCGUACUGCUCGACGACAAUGUCUUCUUCGUGCACGUGACGGCACUCGUGCGCGAGAAGAUGCUCGAGCUGGCAACGGGUCUCGACGCGCCCGUGCUCGUUGACGUCAGUGCCCACCUCACUCGCCCAGAGCUCGUGAGCGUUAGCUCUGCAGCUGGAAGGGCAAAGGCGACCGCGUUGGCGAGCUGGACAGUCUCUGCUUGCCGCGCUCUGCUCGAGUCGACGAGCGCUCGUUGCCACGUGCUCGAGUGGCAACGACCGUCGAACGUGACUGCCAGUGCCGUAGCAGGUCGACUGCUGUGCUAUCCGUUCGUGUACGACACGACACCAGAGGACAGCACUGCCGUCGAGUCGGAUGGAUGGCACGCACAGGACACCUGUCUCGGCCUCUGCCCCUUGUGGCUCGUGCAGACGGCUAUCACGAGUCCGAGCGACGCACUGGACAUAGUGCUGCAAGAGUUCUCUGUGCCUCAGCAUCUACUCGACAUCGCUGUUGACAACGAGGACGACGUGUGUGUCCAGCAGACGAAAGAGACGGACCUUCGGCUGCUUUCGCCGCGCCUGAACGUCCUGAGAGCGCAUUGGCAACGGCAGUUGCAGCGCAGAGUGGCUCCAAGUGGGGACACAACACGGAACGACGUGCGAGUCCGACUUGACCGUCGCACGCUGCAUCGCGUCGCGCUGUGA